CGGUUGUUCUGAACAACAAAGAUGGCGGCGUUAGAGACAGAAGCUGGACUGUUCUUCGUGGUAAACAACAUUCCUGUAAAAUUCCGCUCGGCAGAUCUGAGAAAUUAUUUCAGCCAGUUUAUAGAAAGCGGAGGAUUUGUAUGUUUUCACUACCGACACAGACCGGAAGUGAGAGUAAAGCCAGAGAAACCGAGUGAGGAAGAGGAGGAGAAAGAAGAAGGUGAGAAACAGAGUGAGAUUAAAGCCGAAGCUUCUUGUUGCUGUGUGGUUUCUGUGAAGGAAAAAGAAGCGACGCGUUUUGUGAAGAUGUACAGCGGGAAUCAGUGGGUCGACUCUCAGGGAAACUGGUUGAUGAAGCGGUGUCUGAUCCGGAGGAUUAAAGUGUCCGUUCACACCGAUCCGAAUGGUUUUCCGUAUAAGACGAAGGCGGAGUUGAGGCGUCCGAUCUCGCACACGGAUCAUGUCACUAAGUCCGAUCUACACGUCAUGCCCGAACUGACACCACCCGCUCUGAUGCCCGCUGGUAACGUUGGCACUCCGGUCAGCGUGUUCCUGCAGCUCAUCCAGUCCUGCCGCUUUCCUCCACGUCUCAUCCGCAAACUGGGCCUCGUCUUCCCCAAGACCGGCUCACACCGUCGCUAUGGCAACGUGCCCUACCAGUACAACACGCCCGUGGUGGAGGCGAGCGAAGAGAGCGUGUUCACCGCAGGAGGGGUAGAAAUCUGUGGGCCGGGGGGCAUCGCUUCGACCACGAGCGCCGAGAAACCGAGAGACAGGACGCGUGAGAACAAGGACCAGUCAAUCAGAGAGGAGAGUGAGGAGGAAGAGGAGGAAGACUCAGGACCAGAUGAUGACGAUGAUCGGUGUGAGGAAUGGGAGCGACACGAGGCUCUGCACGAGGACGUGACGUCUCAGGAGAGAAGUAAAGAGCGUCUGUUUGAGGAGGAGAUCGAGCUGAAGUGGGAGAAAGGAGGCUCAGGCCUCGUGUUCUACACAGACGCUCAGUACUGGCAGGAGGAGGAGGGGGAUUUUGACGAGCAGACAACAGACGACUGGGACGUGGACAUGAGCGUCUACUACGAUAAAGACGGCGGAGACAUGGACUCCAGAGACUACGUCCGUAUGCGCUAUGAGAAGCGGCUGAGGGACGGAGCGGAGCGGCAGAAGAUCGGCACCUUCGAGAAAUUCACGAAGGGCGUGGGACGGCGUGUGAUGGAGAAACAGGGUUGGAAAGACGGCGAGGGACUCGGAAACUCUCGCUUGGGGAUUCCUGAGGCUUUAGAGAACGAAGGACAGCAUCCCAGCUGUAAGAGAGGCUUCGGGUAUCACGGAGAAAAACUCAGAUCUUUUCAACCUCUUAAAAAACGUCGGCCCGAAUUUCACAUACUGACUGUUUACGACGAGCCGAAAGACUCGGACCGGGGCGACACACUCCUGCGCCGACAGCCGAGCAGCAGCAUGAAAUACACACAGUGACGUUCAGACGGAGGCACAGAGCCUCAGAACUGACAUUUAGCUCUUUUAUAAUUCAGUACAUUGUCUGGAGUUUUUCUGUUUGGAAACAGAGGUGUGAAUGAUUUUCCCUUGUUAUAAAGGGGUUCAUAUUUUUUUUUGCAUCAUUUUGUGACUCACGUUUAUUAAACUAUGAGGAAACGUAAACGGGAAACGAUGAGUGUUUUCAGUGACUCAACUUUUUUGGAACAAAUCAUUUUAAAUUUUCUAAAACAUCUAAAAAAAACAUGAUCUUUUAACCAGUGAUUAUAU